AUGGCGACUCCGUCUGAUGCUCCGCCGAGUUCCAGCGACGGAAAGGCCCCAAACCCAGUUUCACAGGCCGUACAGUCAAUUAGUGGUGAUGGUAAUGAUACUAAGGUAGAGGGUGUGAAGGAGUUUUCUCCCUCUUCAGUGUUUGUGAACAAAGAACCGAUUCGGGAAGACCAAGUAGAAAAUGCCGUUAAGUUUCUUUCACACCCGAAGGUUAGAGGCUCCCCUGUGAUGUAUAGAAGGUCCUUUCUUGAGAGGAAGGGUCUCACGAAAGAGGAGAUUGAUGAAGCAUUUCGUCGUGUUCCGGACCCAUCCCCAGCUGUUACAACAACUCCGCCAGUCGUCACUGGUCAAGAUGGUCAGAUAAAAUCUUCAUCAAAUGGUUUACAGCAACCUUCAGCACAAGUGCUUCAAUCUGCAUCUGUUGGGCCUGUGGUCAACCGUUCAAAAACGGGGAUAAUCUCUCGAUUCCAAUGGUAUCAUGCUAUUUUUGCUGUAGGGUUUUUGGCUGCAUCGGGGGCUGGAACAGUUGUGCUUUUCAAGAAAACAAUCAUCCCCCGGUUGAAGACUUGGAUUCGCAAGGUUGUUUUGGAAGAAGAUGAAGCGGGUUCGAAUAAGGAACAUAUUACAAAGAUAAAUGUAGCUGAAGAAGCUGCAGCUGCUGCAAAAGCUGCUGCAGCUGCAGCAUCUGAUGUGGCUCGAGCAAGCCACGACAUGUUAAUGGCAAAAAGUGAAGAAAAGAGAUGCUUUGAGGAGCUUAUCAAUAUGUUGAGUGUGCAAACUCACGAGAUGAAAUCGAUGAGUAAUGCCAUACAGAAACUGGGAAGUGGCCAAAGUGUGAAUGGGAGAAUUGCUGUUGAGGAACAGGUCAACCAGAGGGUUUCAAGGACUAGUUCGAAGCCAUGGGAUUCGAAUCAAACCCAGAACAACAGCUCUUUCAACCCUUAUUACCCGUCUCAAGAGAACACCUCAGGCCCAACAGAAAAUACCCCUUGGUGGCAACAAAACCAGAGCCCAAUAAUCACAGAAAUGGAAACUGGCAACGAGUUGAAAACAGGCCCGGCAAGCGAAAUGCCCGUUAAAAAGGAGGCGUGGGUCCCACCCCAGCCUCCGCCAGUUGUCAUGCCCGAGGCGGCCGCCGCCAUACGACAGCCGAAAAAGUCCUCGGUUUUGACCGACGAACAACUGCUGGCUGGUCAGCCCACGGAAAUAACCGAUGAGUUGCAGAGAGUUACGAAAAUAUCCGAAUCGGGUGGAAACAGUGAGAGUUCUUCCGGGAUUCAAUCUUCCGGUGAGAUCACAAAGGAAGAAAACGGGUCGUAUUUGGAGGGUUGA